CCAGCCCGGCCCUGAUCCGCCAUCUCCUCCAGCCAGCACCGACGGCCAUGUACGGAAUCCAGCAGCGAGCCAACAAUGUAUUUGCCACCUUCCUGUCGGUGGCCUUUGCGGUGGUUGCCAUCGUCGCGGCAACGUCCGAGCUGAUGCUGCGAUGGACCCCAGCCCCCGAGAUCAACGUCAGCGUCAACCAUGUGCAGCUCAAAAUCGGUCGGGACAGCUAUUACUCGCCAAAGAGCGAGCAGCUGGCCACCCUUUCCUUCAACCUUGAGGCCGAUCUCACCCCGCUCUUCAACUGGAACACCAAGCAAGUCUUUGCCUAUCUGGUCGCGGAGUUUGACACCAAGGAUUAUUCCCCCAACCAGGUGACGAUCUGGGACGAUAUCAUCACAAGCAAGGAGGAUGCCUACAUCAAGCUCAAAGACAAGAGACAGAAGUACAAUCUGAUUGCCCUGAACGAUCGCAUCGAAAACGCAAACGCAAGUCUGUCGCUGCACUGGAAUGUGAAUCCGUACAUGGGUCUGUUGUCCUGGAACCACGGCGGCCAUACCAAGAUUGAUAUGCGCAAGGCCCCUGCCAAGACCAAGCCCAAGGUCUCCAAGCCCUCCGGCAAGAAAUAAGCAGACGGACCGUUGGAUGCUGUUCGAUGGAGAUUGAUGGCUGUCCCAGCCGAGUGAACUCGAACGCUACCUGGGAUGCUGUGACCUCAAUUCGCUAUCGACGGCACUCCCCGAUGGCAUGAUAGCGAAUACAACCGCUCAGCAUCCGUGAACGAUGAUCAACAUGCGCAUCGCAAUCAUGCUGCCGGCUACGUCCGCGGCGCCGCUCUGGGUUGGAAAUCCGUCGA